UUAUUCUUUUUCCUUUUUUUUAAUUUUAAUUUCCCCCACUUUUACUUCUGAUAAAAAAUUUCUGUUCGUUCGAUGAGAAUUUCUCGUCAAAAUUCGAUUUUGAUCGUUGAGGAUGUCCCAGCCUGACGUCGUCUACAGUUGUGGCUCAUGUGGAUAUCCUUUAAAUUUGACAUCUUCUAACCGCACAUCCAACAUUGGAUCCGAGUACCAAAAAUCAAUCAAGAAGGGUAUUAUCUGCUUUCUUUCUAUUGAUCUCAGCCGCUUCACUCAGGUUGAUGAGAUAAAUUGUUUCCCAAUCUGGGGUUAUCGUCCAAAAACAAAGCUCCUCUGCCGCCAAUGUGAAUCUGUUAUUGGUUAUGGAUAUGGUGCAUCAGCUGUCCUGUGUGGAUUUGACCCUUCAAGCUCUUCCUCUGUCUGCCAAAAAUACAUGAUAAAGCUCCGCGCUCUUCAGCCUUCUGAGCCCUGAUCCUCUCUCCUUUAUUAAUGGAUCCAAAUUUA